AUGGUGAUUGAUGAAUCAAAUCUAUUUCUAGACUUAACUGACAUUAUGCAUGUGGAUACUGAGUUUGGAUUGCUGAGUGUGGCAUUCCAUCCAAUAUUUGUGCACAAUGGACGCUUCUUUGCUUCUUAUAUUUGUGAUGGAGAUCAAUGGUUUCAUGUUACUUUAUCAGAGUUUACAGUUAACAACAGCGCAAUCAAUCCAGCUCUGGCAACACGAGGCAAUCCAUCCGAAGUGAGAAGGAUAUUCAUGACGGGCAUUGCAUACAAGAAUGCUAUUGCAAGCCAACUUCUCUUUGGUCCUGACAGGUAUUUAUACAACCUGACGAGAGUUGGCAAAACUGAACUGGAUCCUUACAAUCAUGCCCAGAACAAAAAAUCUAUGCUCUGGAAACUUUUGAAGUUUGACGUUGAUAACUUCCCAAGUGAGCAUUAUAAUUAG